AUGGAUCCAUCAAUUGUCACUCAACUCAUUGAUAUUCUUCGCAUCAAUCCGUAUUCUAUUUUUUUCCGCUCUCUUGGUGAUUUGCCAGAUUUGGAAAAUCAAAUAAUUCAUAUAAGAUUAGAUGCUGGCCUAGAUCAACGUGUAUUCAAUGCCCCCACAUCUUCACAAGUUGCAGCAAUAUGGGUAGAAAAUGAUGAUGAAGAUCAACUAAGAGGACGUGACAUUUUUGUCUUUAACCAUUCUGGUGGAAGUCAUAUAGUUCAGUACUAUUUUGGGUGUUAUGAUCCAUUGCAAUAUCCGUUGUUAUUUCCAUUUGGCGAUGUUGGUUGGCAUCAAGGGAUUGAAAAGAUUAGUAGAGGAAGGAGAUCUACAUACAACGAAACAAACGGAUCAAUAAAUCCUCAACAAUCAGUGACUGCAGAAGAAUUACUUGCAAGAGAACAACGAGCGUCAAACAGAAAAACGAAGGAUCCAGUUGUUUCAUGCCGUGAAUAUUAUUGCUAUAAAUUACAAAUCAGAGAAAAUGUCAGAUCAAUUUUGUUACUUUCUGGUCGACUAUUGCAACAAUUUGUAGUAGAUAUGUAUGUUAAGAUCGAGACGUCAAGAUUAGACUAUUUUAGGAAAAAGCAACAACAUAUUCGAUCAGAGUUAUAUCAAGGUAUUGUUGAUACAAUUACGCUUGGGGAAACAAACGCUUCUAAUGUUGGAAAACGGAUUAUACUGCCUUCAUCAUUUAUUGGAGGUCCAAGAGACAUGAGAAAAAGAUAUAUGGAAGCAAUGGCUUUAGUUCAGCGUUACGGCAAACCAGACAUUUUCUUAACAAUGAUGUGCAAUCCAAAUUGGAAAGAAAUUACAAAUGAACUACAUCUGCAUGAGGAGAGUCAGAAUCGACCUGAUUUGAAGGAUUGGAAGGUUUAUGCGCCUGAAUCUUUUGACGAGAUCGUAUCAGCAGAGAUACCUAAUAAAAAUACAAACUUGCACUUGCAUAACACUGUUGUAAAGCAUAUGAUGCAUGGGCCAUGUGGAGUGUUGAACCCAACAAAUGUUUGCAUGAAGAAAAAUGGUUGUUGCAAAAGUAAUUAUCCAAAAAAUUACGCAUCUGCUACAACUGUUGGAAAUGAUUGCUUCCCAAUAUAUAGGCGUUCAAAAAAUGGAGUAACUGUCAAAGUCAGAGGCCAAAAUUUAGAUAAUCGUUGGGUUGUUCCAUAUAAUCCAUAUCUGCUUGCAACAUUUGACUGUCACAUUAAUGUCGAGAUUUGUUCUACGAUAAAAGCAGUCAAAUAUCUUUAUAAAUACAUUUAUAAAGGACAUGAUCGUGUUGCUUUCAACUUGAUUUCUGAACAAAACAAUCAACAAGUUGAUGAAAUCCAACAAUUCCAAUCGGCCCGAUGGAUUGCUCUCCCCGAAGCUAUGUGGAGGAUAUAUGACUUUAUUAUUAAUGAGAUGUACCCAGCAGUGUAUAGUUUACAUUUACAUCUGGAGGAUCAACACCCAGUGACUUUCCGAGCAAAUGAUGAUAUAAUCAAUGUUGUCAACUUAGAUCGUUCUAUAAAAUCGAUCUUAACAGAAUUUUUUGCAUUAAAUCGAGUAGACGAGAAUGCAAAGAGAUUACUGUAUAAAGAAUUUCCAGAAUAUUAUGUUUGGAACCAACAAAACAAAGAUUGGACUCCUCGGAAAAAGAAAACUGUUAUAGGCCGUAUUGUUACAGCAAAUCCAUUUGAAGGCGAAAGGUAUUAUCUGCGGAUAUUGCUAAACCAUGUAAGAGGACCUUUGUCGUUUGACGAUCUCAGGACAGUUGAUGGUGUUGUGGCUCCAACAUUUCGUGAGGCAGCAACAAUGCAUGGGUUGCUACAGAGAGACAGUAGCUUAGAAGAUUGCUUACAGGAAGCAUCUUUAUAUCAAGUGCCAUCCAGUUUGAGACGGUUAUUUGCAACAAUAUUGGUUUAUUGUAAUCCAACCAAUCCGAGGGAGCUUUGGGAACGUUUUGAGCAAGAUAUGUCAGCUGAUUUCAAACCAACAGAAGAUUCUAUAUCAAAUGUAAGAACCCAAGUAUUGAGGUCAAUCUCUUUUACAAUUGAAUCAAUGGGAAAAGACAUUAGUUCCUACCAUCUUCUUGAUGACGACAUUUGCUUUGAUGAAGAAGAAUUUCAAUCUAGAGAAAUCGAUGAUGAAUUGGCUGUUGAAAUUCUAGAAGAAGAUAUUGCUGCAUCACAAUUUCUUAACAGUGAACAACAACAUGUCUAUAACGCAGUGCUGGAAAAAGUAUUUGCAAACCAAAAUGCUGCAUUCUUUGUAGAUGGCCCAGGUGGGACAGGGAAAACAUUCCUGUACAGAGCACUUCUCGCAACAGUACGAUCAAGAAAAUUAGUAGCACUUGCAACUGCUUCAUCAGGCGUUGCUGCAUCUAUUCUUCCGGGAGGUCGAACAGCACACUCACGUUUUAAGCUUCCACUUGAUACUGACGAAAGAAACACGUGCUGUGUCAGCAAACAAAGUGCACUGGCAAACCUACUACGUGCAGCAAAAUUAAUAAUUUGGGACGAGGCUCCAAUGAAAAGAAAACAACACAUAGAAGCAUUGGAUAAGAUGCUACGAGACAUCAAUGAUUCAGAUGUAACAUUCGGUGCAAAGGUUGUUGUUUUCGGUGGAGAUUUUCGACAGGUUUUACCCGUGGUUCGUAAAGGAACAAGACAACAACAGGUUAAUUCCAGUUUGGUUUAUUCCUAUUUAUGGCCUACAUUGACCAAGUUCCGAUUAACUGAAAAUAUGCGAGCAAGACUUGAUCCAGUUUUUUCAGAUUAUGUGUUAGAAGUUGGAAACGGAAUGCCACCAAACACAGUUGAUGAAACCAUAAGGAUUCCAAAUAGGAUGCUUAUUCCCUAUUAUGAUGACAGCACUUCUUUAGAUCAUUUGAUAGAAGAUGUUUUCCACAAUAUUCAUGAAUAUUCAAUGAAUAUUUCAACUAUGAUGAAUCGGGCAAUAUUAACACCGAAGAACAGUUAUGUUGACGAAAUAAAUGCAUUGUUGAUUCAUAGGCUCCCAGGUGAAAUUCAGCGAUAUUACAGUUUUGAUGAGACAAUAGAUGCAUCUGAACAAUCAGUUAUGGAAGAUUUCUUGAAUACUCUAACCCCAAACGGACUUCCGCCUCAUGAAUGA